AUGGCGCUCGCCGUCUUCACCCACAUCGCCACCACCUCUGGCGUACGUUCCCACUUCAACAUGCUCGACUCCUGCGGAACCGCCGCCUACCACACGGGCGAAGAACCCGACGAACGCACCACCGAACUCUGCCAACGUCGUAACAUCCCCAUCGACCUCUCCAACACCGCUCGCGGCAUCGAACCCCACGACUUCGACACUUUCGACGUCAUCUUUGGUAUGGAUACGAACAACGUCAGGAACUUGAAACGUAUGCAACCUCCAGGGUCCAAGGCGAAAGUUAGAUUGUUCGGUGACGUCGAUGAUGGGAAACCUGUGGCAGAUAGCUACUACACGAAUGACUUUGAAGCGACGUACAGACAGGUGGAGAGGUACUCGCGCGCGUUUCUCAAGGAGCUCGGUCUGAACCACUCGGCAAAGGCGAAAUCCUGA